AUGGGUAGAAAUAAGAGGAAUGCUUAUGCAAGGAUGAAGAAAAUCAAGGAAUGUGAUGAGCAUAAUCAGAAUCAGGAUCACUCAGCUCAACGUUCUGAUGAUAAAAAUGCUUGUGAGGAAGGGGUUUCGGAGAAGGCCAUCACUGAUCAGCAGAGUUUGGAAGAAAAGUCUGCUAUUGAUAAUUUCUAUGAAAAGCUUAUCAAGUUGAAUGAGUCCUCAGGGCUCAGUUUAGUCUUUAACUUCCGGGAAGCAAAAAUGGACUUGCAUCUUGUUUUCAAGGAAGUGACCGAGAGAGGGGGAUCUUAUCAGGUUUCAAAAGAUGGGAAAUGGAAUGAAGUUGCAUCCGCAUUGAGUGUCAAAAAUCAUGCCCCCAUCUUACCAAGUCAAAUUCAAAAGGUUUAUGAAAAUCUCCUUUGCCAAUAUGAGCAAAUACACUACUACAGGACUCCUGCAAAAGUGUCAAAACUGACAGGUGGUGAUAGUUAUGAUUCCUUGCUCGGGAAGCGAAAAUCCUGUGAAUGCUGCUCUCAAGAUUAUGAAGCAGGAAAAAGGAAAUGCAUUCUUGAUAUUUAUCAAGGAUCAUCAGGGCCUGGAACACCAGAGCAGAAAACCACCUUCCAGACAUCUUUGGAUGAGGAAACAGUGAUGAGACAUAUUUGUGCUCCACAAAAAGCAAGAAAUUCAUAUCAGCUGUUUCUUAAGAUGGAAUGUCAGAGAUUAAGGAAGAUACACGGGGAAGCCUCUGGUAGCCGUAGCAUAAGAGAUAGGGCAAUUGACGCAUGGAAGCACCUUUCCGAAGAUGAUCGGCUGCCAUAUAUUGAAGCAAGUAGGAAGGACAGAGAAAGAUUUUACAGGGAGAUGGCAGUUUACAUGCAAUAUAUUGACAAAAAGGUUCUGAAAUCCGAGAAUACGCUCAAGGAUUCAGCUUCAGCCCUAAUCAACUUUGGCCAGUCUUCACUAAUAAAUGAUGAUUAUUAUGUGACUUUGGAGGCUGAUGCUGAAAACUUUUGUCUUCCCGAUGAGUCAUUGGUUGAAUCAACCAUUCAAAUGUUGAAGACUCGACGACCCAGUGACCCCAUGUUUCAGAUGACUUGGGACGGGUUCCGUAGCCCUCCAGAUACACCCAGUUGAAAGGCUCACAGGAACCCAUAAAGGGCAGUUGCUUGGUAAUUUUGGCACGGAAGGUGCAUGGGUUAGGUUUCGUUAUAGGUGUCUUCAACUCUCAUUGUGGAUAUAAGAGAGUGGUCUAUGCGCUUGGGUCCGUGUUCUUAAUAUGACAUAUCAGUGGUUUAUGUUAUCCUCAACUUGUUUGUAACCUAGUAUUGGUGCCUUGACUCCCCAUUUUUGUCUGCAAAGUAUGGUAUCUGUCUAUAUGCAUAGACUGUACAGCACCGUACAUGUAUAACUGGGGAGUGACUGAGUGCCAUUUCGGUGCUGUAGUGUUCUGUAGUUUGUACAUAUACUGCUAGCUGUGGCCUUCCACUUGAUGUAUA